AUGAAUAUCCUUGGAGUGUUAUGCUUGGUGACAAUCGCAGGUUCCACUAGAUUGCCUGCGCGAGUAUUCGCUAGUUUGCAAAGUCAAGCACAAAUCCAGGCGUAUAACAGGUUUUGGAUUGUAAAUGGAAAGAACGCAUCCAUAGCCGACUACCCGUGGCAGGCCUCCUUACAGGAUUCUGGUUCACAUAACUGUGGGGCUGUGGUCAUAGGUGAUCGUAAAGCAGUGACCGCAGGACACUGUGUAUCGGGUGGAACCCUUGUAAUACGAGUAGGAUCUGAUGAACAUCUGACGGGCGGCAAAACGUUCACAGUGAGCAAGGCCACCGUGCAUCCGGACUAUGGAAGCGGGGCGGGAACAUUUCCCAAUGACAUAGCUGUACUGGAAUUUGACGAAGAUAUCACUGUAGAUGAUGGGGCUAAAGCCGUGGAAAUGCCGACAGAAUCAAGUGGUGACUUCGCUGGGGAUGAGUGCACCAUUACCGGAUGGGGCCGAACUUCUGGAGGAGCACCUUUACCUGAUGUGCUUCAGGAAGCCACCACGACCGUGCUUAGUAACACCGAAUGUGGUAAUGAAUGGGGACCAAGCAGUAUUAAUGAAGGGCAUGUGUGUGUUUUUAACCAAGAAACUGGGUCAUGCAAUGGAGAUAGCGGUGGCCCACUGACAUGUAAGGGAGUGCUGGUGGGAGUGACGUCAUGGGGCGCGGUCGGUUGUCCAGUAUCAUCGCCGAGCGUGUACACUAGAAUUUCACACUUCCUAGAUUUUAUUGCGAAUCCAUCAAUGUACACAGUUUAA